AUGAAAAAUUCUAUCGAUCCAAUGCAACCCCAUUAUCAAAAGCUGAUAUCAAGGAAAUUAGAGAAUCCAGAGGCAGGAUACCCAAUGCAUCAAAAAAAAUGGCUUAUUUUAUCUUCUUCCGAUCAGCCUGCUUUGGAUAAAAAUUCCCAAACUGUUAAGACAGAACAGACUCUUAAAGUAGUAUCAGAAAUAUCCCUUCCGACUACAGAGAUUUCAAAAAAGAAUAGUCGAAAAAAGAAGGUUAAAAUAGAUGAGAAGCUAGUUACUGGAGCAAGUAGUAUGGUGGAAAAAAAUAACAAAAAUAAUGUGACCUCUUCCGCUGAUAAUUUGUCUGAUAUAUCCCGAGAAGACGGGUUGGAUUCUCUUCUUGAAAAUCUAGUUAAUCGUGGUGAAAAGCUUAAGG